AUGCAUUACUAUUUUGGUGGCAAAUGUGAUGAUACUCAUCGUUUGAUUUGUUCACGGUUUGAUGUGUUUGCAGAUGAGGUUGUUAAAGAGAAAAAAGAUGUCGAUGAUAUCAAAUUUGAACAAAAUGCUUGUCCGAAUGGAGUAGGUCCCAACUGCUUUAUUCCUGGUUUUGGUAUUCCUGGUUUUGGUAUGCCUGGUGGUGGCAUGCCUGGUGGUGGUGUGCCUGGCGGAGGUGGUUACGGUGGUGCUCCUGGAGGAGGUGCUCCUGGCGGUGGUGCUCCCGGAGGAGGAGCUCCUGGCGGUGGUGCUCCCGGAGGAGGAGCUCCCGGCGGUGGUGCGCCUGGCGGAGGUGGUUACGGUGGUGCUCCUGGCGGUGGCGCUCCUGGUGGUGGAGCUCCUGGCGGUGGUGCGCCUGGAGGAGGUGGUUACGGUGGUGCUCCUGGAGGAGGUGCUCCUGGCGGUGGUGCUCCCGGUGGUGGCGCUCCUGGUGGUGGAGCUCCUGGCGGUGGUGCGCCUGGAGGAGGUGGUUACGGAGGUGCUCCUGGAGGAGGCGCUCCUGGCGGCGGUGCUCCUGGUGGUGGCUUUCCUGGAGGAGGUGCUCCUGGCGGAGGUGGUUACAGCGGUGCUCCUGGAGGAGGUGCUCCUGGCAGUGGUGGUUACGGUGGUGGUGCUCCUGGAGGUGGAUACGGUGGUGCUCUUGGCGGUGGUGGUUACAGUGGUGGUGCUCCUGGAGGAGAUACUCCUGGCGGUGGUGUGUCUGGAGGAGGUGGUUACGGUGGUGCUCCUGGUGGUGGUGGUUACGGUGGGGGACAUGGUGUAAGGGCUUAG